AAGUCGAGCAGCAGGAGAUAAGUCGGGCGAGUCAAGUCGGGCGAGUCAAGUCGGGCGAGUCAAGUCGGGCGAGUCAAGUCGGGCGAGACCGCAUACAUGAACCCCUAUCCCCAUGCACACUGGCGGCAGGGCCAGCGUGCUGCCCAUCCCCGUGUCCAGUUGGAGUCGAUGCAGACGCACUCAGUCUACCAAGCACAUUCAGCUCAUCCCGCGCAACAUAUGAUGGCAGCGGCUUCAGAGCCACCGUCGCGGCCGCCCUACGAUCCCCAGCCCUUUCGCGAGCUCGAGUCUGCGCUCAUAGCUGCUCUUGAUAAGAUGAACAAUAAUUCGUCCGCACGCAUGGACAUGAUGGAGAUCGCGAUUGGAAACCUCGCCAGAGUGACGGAUGAUGCGCUUCAGGUCGCAAAAUCGGCACGUCGGGAAUGCAAAGAAGGCUUCGACAGGCUGCAGGGCCACCUCUUGCGCAGCGCACAAGCCUCCAUUGUGAAGAGUGAGAGGCUCGCGAUGAUCUUAGGUGACCCGGAGAAUAGGAGCAUGGACACGGAACAGCAAAACUCGACACUCAUGGGGCGGAUUGAGCAGCUCGAGCUCGCGAUCACAGAGUUGACAGAAACCGUUGCGGACCCCGAUGCGGGGCGUCCUGCUAUUGUCAGGCACGAAGCCGCUGUCAACACUAGUCCGCAGAGUCGCCCCACAGUCGAUGUCGCUAUCGACGCGAUAGAUCUUGUGCCACCUAUUCCGCAUGCGGAUAUGGGUAUUCAAGCUGAACAGCCUACCUUCGUCGAAGCCGGAGUCGAGGCGCGUCCGCCGAGUCAGGAGAUGGUGUCUACGGGUUCACAAACGGUUUUCACGCCUUCUGCCCACCUUGUCACGACAAUGUCUGGUUUCUAUACACCGUCGUUCGUCCCACAACCUCUCGCCCCGGCGUCAUGGAGUCCCAUUGACACAGCAAGUGAUAGUUCGAUCUCGAGAGCUACCAGCAAGGCUCCAUCUCCCCCUCCCCGACCUACGACGAGUGCGAGAACGAGCAUGAGCAUGAGCACGGCCGUCCCUUCCACCUCGCGCACUCAGCUUUCGCCCCGGCCUAGCUCCAUCUUUGACGAACAAGAGAUUAUGGAUGAACUCGAUAACGUGUCUCAGUAUCCCACCUCUCCUGUUGGCGCGAUCCCCCAGAGCCCUCCUCGCACCUCUCCAAUCCCAAAAGAGCCUGGGCCGUUCCCAUCUCCUCCCGGGUACGAUGUUGGAAACGAGUCUCCUACCAAGCCGUCGCAUGGUGCCGGGAUCUUUUCAGCGAGUGGGACAGCAGCGCCCCGUCCGCAAGAUAGUCCGCUACCCAAUGGCUUCACCAGACUCAGCGCGAGAUCCUCGCCCCCACCUCUGUCUGCUUCUGCGUCUGACUCGUCUCUCUCGAGCGUAAGCUCGAGCAAUCCAUCGCCGCCGCUCGCUCCGCAACGUCCCCAACCUCGUGUGGCACAACUCCGGCCGGCGCAACUACCCCCGCCUCAACUCGAGCCAUCUCCAUCCCUCUCACCCUCUCCGCCUUCUCCGUAUCUCCAGCCUGCGGUCCCGCCUACGCCACCGCCGCAGCUACAAGAACUACAAGAGCACUUAUCUUCUGUCCUAUCGCCUCUCACGCGCGCCUCCUCCCUUUCGUCCAUGUCCUCCCUGUCCUCCCUGUCAACAGCGAUACAUCCCGAACCAGCCCAUACUCAGACGUCUCAGCCACAGAAGAGGCCAAAGCAGUAUGCCGCACGCGGCGGAAAGACCGGAAAGAGCGCGAGCGCAGUCGUGCGCGUCAAGAAAGAGCGAGGCGAGGAGAUGCCGCUCACGAGCGCACGGCCCGCGAAACGCCGUAGGACGCUAGGGACGGACGUCGAACUCAAAGACGAGCCUGGUAAUUCUAGCUCUGCUUCUGCUUCUACGUCUGCGGCCGUGAAUUCUGGUCGGGGAACCUCUACGCGUGGUCGGGGACGCGGAAGAUCCAAAGGAAGAGGGGGAGGGGGAGAGAACGGAGGAGGGAGAGGUGGAGGGAAAUCGUCACAGCAGCAGCUGCUAAUUACGCCGAUCAAGGAACCGGUGCAGCAGCAACAGCAGCCGAAGACACGGUACGAGCCGCCGAUGAUUGGAACGGACUGCCCGUGGCCGGGUAAGGUCUUGGGCGAAGAGACGUCCAGGCGGGAGUUCGUGCAGUGCGACAAUUGCGAAGGGUGGUACCACUUCGGGUGUGUGGGCAUAAUAACGGGAGACCCUCGGCUCGACCCGAGUGCACAGUUUUACUGCCCGCCAUGCGAGACUUCCGAGGCCGUACAAAUACAGCGAAGAGCUGAGCGUUACAAGGCCGCGGCGUGUCUCCGUCCAGACUGCGACUUUCCUGGCGCGGCGGAGGACACGAACGAGUACUUUGUAGAUCGCAUCAUCGGGCGCAGGCCGUUCAAGCCCGAGAUCGAUACGGAUGUCCGCGAGUCGACGGAGUACAUGUGGCUGGUCAAGUGGGACGGAUACAAGGCGGACCUAGCGACGUGGGCGGCGAACGAGCACCUAGGCGAGUGUGGCAAGUUCAUCGAAGAGUUCGAGCAGGCGGCCGAGAUAGAGGGUCGUGACCUCGACGCGCGCGACAAUACGAUCCUGCUCAAUGAGGCUGCCGCCGCAGGCUGGGCAGGGCCAUGAUACCGUUAUUCUUCCUGAUUCUUGUCCUCUAGCCGUCGUCCCUUUUAAGUUCUUUCAGCUUCCCUUCUCGCUCUCCCGUUCGCUACACUCUUAAUGCACCUAAUCGCCGACCAUUUUCGCUGUGUCACCGUCAGGUCUCCGCUUUCGCACCGCAUCGCUAGUCGUAUCUUGUAGCAUACCCCGCGACGUUAGAGUACAAUAUUCACUGCCCUGUGUUGCC